CCCGCCGCCGCUCUCAGAGGCAGCGCAGCUCGAGCUCGCGACAGGCCGCCUCCAUUUCUAGCCGCUUCCAGGCAUGGCAGAAUCUGCAGGAAGAGGAUAUUAACAGUCAGGCUAAGCAUGGAGUGCCCAUCGUGAUGUAGUGGAAGGCACCACAGAAGCUCACAUUACUUACAGGACCUAAAGAUCUAUUGUGAAUUCCUGUGAUGCUCUUCUGAUAUCUGAGGUGCUAUCUUUGUAAAUUGAAAACUCCAUCCCCUGCACUGAUAACAUAGUGACUACGUGAAUUUUCAGAGCAUUGUGGAAAACAAUGGGAAUUGGCAAGAACACCACUUCUAAGUCAGUAGAAACUGGAAGUCCAACAGAAGGCAAAUAUGAGGAUGAAUCCAAGCAUUCUGCUUUCUUCUCACUACCAGUUGUGAUGAAUGGCGGAGCAACAUCAAGUGGUGAUCAAGAUACGGAAGACACAGAACUUAUGGCAAUCUAUACUACAGAAAAUGGAAUUGCAGAAAAGAGUUCUCUGGCGGAGACACUAGAUAGCAGUGGAAGUUCAGACGCACAGAGAACAGAUAUGAUAUACACAAUUGAGGAUGUUCCUCCCUGGUACCUCUGCAUAUUCUUGGGAUUACAGCACUACCUGACCUGUUUCAGUGGCACUAUAGCAGUGCCCUUCUUGCUAGCAGAUGCCAUGUGUGUUGGAUUUGACCAGUGGGCUACUAGCCAGCUGAUUGGGACCAUAUUCUUCUGUGUUGGAAUCACAACUUUGUUACAAACAACUUUUGGGUGCAGGUUACCUUUGUUCCAAGCCAGUGCUUUUGCAUUCUUGGCUCCUGCCAGAGCUAUUCUCUCUUUGGACAAAUGGAAAUGCAAUAACACCGCAAUAACGGUUACAAAUGGAACAACAGAGCUGCUGCAUACAGAACAUAUCUGGUACCCCAGGAUACGAGAGAUCCAAGGUGUUAUUAUUAUGUCAUCUUUAAUAGAAGUGGUGAUUGGGUUCCUGGGCCUGCCAGGAGCACUCCUGAGUUACAUCGGACCUCUGACUAUUACACCAACGGUAGCUCUCAUUGGCCUUUCUGGUUUCCAGGCUGCUGGUGAAAGAGCAGGCAAACACUGGGGCAUAGCGAUGUUGACUAUUUUCCUAGUGCUAUUGUUUUCUCAGUAUGCCCGAAAUGUCAAAUUCCCAUUACCAAUCUACAAAUCUAAGAAAGGAUGGACUGCAUACCGGUUACAACUUUUUAAGAUGUUUCCUAUAAUUCUGGCCAUUCUGGUAUCCUGGUUGCUGUGCUUCAUCUUUACUGUGACUGACGUGUUUCCACCUGAUAACACCAAGUAUGGAUUCUAUGCACGCACUGAUGCUAGGCAAGGAGUGCUUUUGGUAGCGCCAUGGUUCAAGGUUCCAUAUCCAUUUCAAUGGGGAUUACCUACCAUUUCAGCUGCAGGCGUGAUUGGAAUGCUCAGUGCAGUGGUUGCUAGCAUCAUUGAAUCAAUUGGUGAUUAUUAUGCCUGUGCGAGAUUGUCUUGUGCUCCUCCACCACCAAUCCAUGCAAUAAAUAGAGGCAUUUUCAUAGAAGGCCUUUCCUGUGUAUUGGAUGGAGUGUUUGGCACUGGGAAUGGAUCUACUUCGUCUAGCCCUAACAUUGGGGUCCUGGGGAUUACGAAGGUUGGGAGUCGACGAGUUAUUCAGUAUGGGGCAGCCUUCAUGUUGCUGCUUGGAAUGGUUGGCAAGUUCAGUGCGCUGUUUGCAUCCCUCCCUGAUCCAGUGCUCGGAGCUCUCUUCUGUACCCUCUUCGGGAUGAUUACUGCAGUCGGACUUUCUAAUCUGCAGUUCAUAGAUCUGAAUUCUUCCCGGAACCUUUUUGUGCUUGGAUUUUCUAUCUUCUUUGGACUGGUCCUUCCGAGUUAUCUCAGACAAAACCCGCUUGUCACAGGAAUAGCCAGCAUUGAUCAAGUACUGAACGUUCUUCUCACUACAGCCAUGUUUGUGGGAGGUUGUGUCGCAUUUGUUUUAGAUAACACCAUUCCAGGGAGCCCUGAGGAAAGAGGAAUCCGGCAAUGGAAGAGAGGAGUGGGUAAAGGCAGCAGAUCCAUGGAUGGCAUGGAAACCUACGAUUUGCCUUUUGGCAUGGAAGUUGUGAAGAAGUACAAGUGCUUCAGUUUCUUACCCAUCAGUCCUACCUUCAUGGGCUACACGUGGAAAGGCUUCAGGAAAAACAGCAGCUCCAGGAGUUCAGAGGAAGCCUCUGAGGCAGCUGUAUAGCCCCUGCUGAAGCCUCCGUCUUCUAGCUGCAGUCAGCAGAUACAUCCGAUACAUCCGCAGUUUCUUGCUGAUCUUGCUUUAUUUUAUGGGGUUUUGUAUAUCUGCGUUUUACAUUCUGGAACCAGAGCCGAAACAGGUUAUAAAAAUAGCUUUCCCAUUGUGGACAGUGAUAGCUAUCUACAAUCUCUCUAUAAUUGUAUUAUGUUUUUGUGUUUUAAAGUACUGUUGGA